AUGCAUAUGGCAUCGCGCGAUCCUCAGGACGAGGACUUCAGGAUCCAAAUGAUUUCAGCAACUGAGACCCCGCAUCAGGGUAAUGACUCUUUAGAUGAUGUCUUUGGGUCAGACCCGGGCUCUCCCGCUUUCGAGUCCGAAGACCAUGAAGUCAGGGAAUCGCAUCCGUCAGACGUACGGCGGCUACAGACGGAACAUGCAACCGCUGGUUAUCGUGAAGGGAUCACAGCAGCGAAAGCCAAGAGUAUCCAGGCGGGUUUCGAUGAAGGCUUCAGCCUCGGUGGUACCAUUGGGCUGAAAGCUGGACAGGUCUUAGGAUUUCUGGAGGGAAUUACUAGCGCUCUCCGAGCGGAAAACGGAGAUGAGUACCGUCAGGCGCAACAGCUCUUGGAGGAUGCACGGAAGGAGCUCAGCAUUGACAUGAUCUACGAUCAGGAAUACUGGGCACCUGACGGCACGUGGAAGUUCGAGAUACAGUCUGCAACACAGGAAAGUGACAUCAUCUUUGAGGAUGUGGCUAGCGCUCAUCCGUUGAUAUCCAAAUGGGAUAGUAUAAUCAUGGAGCAACUAAGAAGAUGGGGCAUCGACCUGCACGUUUUGGAACAGACUGAGGAUACAUCCACCGUAGCGGUCUUGGAGAAGAAAGAGCUGAAAGUUGAUCAACAGCCACGCGAGAAACUGGAUUGGUGA